AUGGCUUUGCGUGCCUCCGCUCUUAAGGGAGCUGUUGUCGCUGUCAUUUGUGUGGCUCUGGUGGUUAGCUGGGUGGGGGAACCAGCACAAGGGUCGCCAUCCUGCGCCAUGCAUCGUUGCAUCUCCGAAUGUCCUUCGAGGUGCAACGAGAAAGCUGCAAGCUCUUGCGAGGGUGCCAAGAGCUUUGAUGUAGCCAGGUGCAGGCCCGGCUGCGUUAUGGGCUGCACUGAUAGCUGCCAUAGUGCAGGGGAGACUAUAUGUGAUUGCGAGAGCAAAUGCGACAGUUACUGCGAGAGCACUCCAAGCCCUAAUUACGAUGGGUGCGUGUCUGCAGUCUUCCAGUCGUGCAAGGACUCCUGCGAAAAGGGCUGCAAGGGCGAAAAAGCUGAAUAA